ACGGGGACAAGUUUACGUGUGUGUUCACAUAUGCUUCCCAGGCGGCACUAACGAGCAAUGGCAGUAAAAUAGAAACAUACAAGGAAAAAUGUCAGAGCACAGCAGAAAUUCAGAUCAAGAAGAAAUUGUUGGUGAGGAGAUUGAUGAAGAUGAAAUUUUGGCCAACUUGUCCCCUGAAGAGCUGAGGGAACUACAGUCAGAAAUGGAAGUGAUGGCCCCUGAUCCCCAUCUUCCUGUGGGAAUGAUUCAGAAAGAUCAAACCGACAAACCACCAACAGGAAACUUUGACCAUAAAUCUCUUGUUGAUUAUAUGUAUUGGCAAAAGGCAUCUAGGCGCAUGCUGGAAGAUGAACGAGUUCCUGUCACCUUUGUACAAUCUGAGGAACACACUCAAGAACAGAAUGAAGAAAGACAUAAGACUAUCAAAAACAUGUCUCAGUUUUUAAAAGAAAAGCUCAAUAGUGAAAUAGCUACAAAUAAAAGGGAAUCAAAAGGCAGCUACAAUGUCCAAAAAGUAGGCAAUGAUGAUGAGGGCAAUGACGAAAAUGGAGACUAUGAACAUGGUGAUAGUGACAACGAUGAAGAAGCUGGAGAAGAUGAAAGUGAAGAUAGUGAUGGUGAAGAAAACAAAAGUGAAGAAGAAAAUGAAACAAAGGAACAAAUCCAAAAUGGUAAAACCAAUUUCCCACAGGCAACUACUAAAGCAUUUGAAGGACAGAACAACAGACUGGAAUUCCAAGAAAAAGGUGAGAAGAAAAUAACAAAAUUAGAUCCUAAGAAGUUAGCUUUAGAUACCAGUUUUCUGAAGGUAAGUGCCCGGCCUUCAGGAAACCAAACAGACCUGGAUGGGAGUUUGAGACGAGUGAGACAAAAUGAUCCUGACAUGAAGGAGCUCAACCUGAACAACAUUGAAAACAUCCCCAAAGAAAUGUUACUGGACUUUGUUAAUGCCAUGAAGAAAAACAAACACAUCAAAACCUUUAGCUUAGCCAACGUCGGUGCAGAUGAGAGCGUUGCGUUUGCCUUGGCCAACAUGCUGCGUGAGAACAGGAGUAUCAUCACGCUCAACAUCGAGUCUAACUUCAUCACAGGAAAAGGCAUAGUGGCCAUCAUGAGGUGCCUGCAGUUUAAUGAGACGUUAACCGAGCUUCGGUUUCAUAAUCAGAGACACAUGCUGGGACACCAUGCCGAGAUGGAAAUUUCCAGACUUUUGAAGGCCAACAACACUCUCCUGAAGAUGGGCUACCAUUUUGAGCUUCCUGGUCCUAGAAUGGUGGUCACUAAUUUGCUCACCAGGAACCAGGAUAAACAAAGGCAGAAAAGACAAAAGGAAGUCAAACAGCAGCAACUCCAAGAGCAAAAAAAGCUAAUAGCUAUGCUGGAGAAUGGGCUAGGACUGCCUCCUGGGAUGUGGGAGAUGUUGGGGGGACCUAUGCCAGAUCCCAGAAUGCAGGAGUUCCUCCAGCCUUCUUCUGGAUGGCCUCCCAAUGCCCAAGCAGCUCCCUUUGGUCAAAGGAAUGAAAUGAUGAAAAAGCCAGCUCAGCCUCCCCAAUGCAAGACAGACCCUGACUCCUUCCGGGUGGUGAAGCUAAAGAGAAUUCAGCGCAAAUCUCGCAUGCCAGAAGCCAGGGAGACAGCAGAGAAAACCAACCUCAAAGAUGUGAUCAAAACACUCAAACCAGUCCCAAGAAAUAGGCCACCCCCACUGGUAGAAAUCACUCCCAGAGAUCAGCUCUUGAAUGACAUCCGUCACAGCAAUGUCGCCUAUCUGAAACCCGUGCAACUCCCAAAAGAGCUGGCGUAAGAGACAGAAGAAUGAUCUAGAAGAGCAUGAAGCUGAAAUGGAUCAGAGCUGAGAAGCUUUCUCACCAACACAGCUUCUGGUUAGAAGUGGCACAACUAGGGCUGGAGAGAUGGCUUAGCGGUUAAGCGCUUGCCUGUGAAACCUAAGGACCCCGGUUCGAGGCUCAA